AUGUCAGUAAUCGGACUGAUAGUCUUUCUAUUUAACUCUAUACUAUUACCCUUAUUACCCGUUGCUGCUGUUUAUCUUAUACUUUCAAGCAAAGUGAAGAAAAGAAGCAUUGUUGUCGAAUCAUUAUCGUCAAAAAAUAUUAAAGUAUUUGGGUCAUCAUCGUCAAGCAACAUCGAAAAACCUCAAGCAAUUGAAUCAUAUGAUUCGUCUACCGAAACUGUCCUUGAACCUGCUGUUGUUGUUGAUUUUAUAGUUGAAAUAACAAAUAGUAAUGUUGGCCCACACGUUGAAUCAAUUGUUAACAAUAAUCCAGAACCAAAAAAUGAAGAAGUUGAUGAUAUUUCCAGUGAAAGGAAUGACAAUGAUGAUCCAGAACCAAAAAAGGAAGUUGGUAGUGUUGUUAUUUCUAGCAGUGAUAUAUCAAGCACAUUGAUAGAUUUAAACAUUGUAGAUGACAACGUUACAGAACAAAACUUCCCACCACAUAUCAACAACUUCAACUCCGAAUUGGAAUCAGUAUCGGAUAUUAAUGAUAUUAAUAAAUCUAUUAUUGAAGACAAUGUUGACUCAAACUAUACCAUUGCUCCAAUUGUCGUUGAUAAUGAAAUCGAAGCCAAUGAAUGUAACAGCGCAACAAUUGCUUCAAUCAUUGCUGAUAAUAAAAUAGAAAGUGAUGGAUUUAACGAUUUAACCAAUUUUAUAAAAUCUGGUAAUGACGAGCUAAAUCGAGAAAGUUUUUUAAUGAUGUUGCAGAAUGCACAGUUUGAACCUGAAAUCAUUACAAAUAGCAAUGUUGUAAAUAAUUUUGUAAAUAAUCUUGUAAAUAUCAAUUUAACUGUUGACACAGACUCGAAUAAAAAUUUAAAUUGCUCAAAUGUUGAUUUCGGUUUAUCUGCUGUUGUAGAAACAUCUUCAAAUGAAAAGGAAUACUUUAUACCCAGCGAAAACGAGGGCAACGAUGGCAAUCCAAAUACUGAAAUUAAUGUUGAAAUGAUCAGUAAAUCUUCGAAAGACGCUUGCGAUGCACAGGAUUCAAAUGAUCAUCAUGAAACUGCCAAUUUUGAACAUGAACUAAGUUCAAGUGGUGGUGAUUUAUGCAACAAUAAUGAUGUUACAGGUGCAAUGAUACCACAAGAGACCAGUGACGACAUUGAUAUGGCCAAUAGUGGCUCUAAUAACAAAGAAGAAUCCAAAGUUGAGAAUAUUAAAAUUGAAACGAUAAUAGUUAAAGAAGAUUACCAUCAGGUACCAUCUUAUCAAUCAGUUAAUGAUGAAAUAAAUGAUAAUGAACUUCGAGUGGGUUCAACUGAUCAAUCUAACAAUGAAGAUUGGUUAAAAAAAGCUGCAGAAUUUGAAGCCGAGUUAAGAAUAUCAGGAAAUUAUAAUUUAGAUAAUUGUGGCGCCAAUUUUUCCAAUAACUCUAUUCCAAUAAGCCUAAAUAAUUAUGGUUGGGGUUCAAGUGAUCAAAAUGGCGAGGGUGAUUUGUUGAAAACUGGUGCUGAAUUGGAACCCGAGUUUAAAAAUACAAGUGAUAGUAAUUUAGAUGAUGAUGAUGCCAAGUUCUCCAGCAACUCUAUUCCUAUCGAAUCUCCAACAAGCCUAAAUAAUUAUGGUUGGGGCUCAAGUGGUCAAAAUGGCGAGGGUGAUUUGUUGAAAACUAGUGCUGAAUUUGAACCCGAGUUUAAAAAUACAAGUGAUAGUAAUUUAGAUGAUGAUGAUGCCAAGUUCUCCAGCAACUCUAUUCCCAUCGAAUCUCCAAUAAGCCUAAAUAAUUAUGGUUGGGGCUCGAAUGAUCAAAAUGGUGGUGAUUUGUCGAAAACUACUGCUGAAUUUGAACCCGAGUUUAAAAAUACAAGUAACAAUAAUUUAGAUGAUGAUGAUGCCAAUUUCGCCAAUACCUCUAUUCUUAUCGAAUCUCCAACGAGCCUAGAUAAUCAUGGUUGGGGCUCGAAUUAUCAAAACGGCGGAGAUUAUUGGUUGAAAAUUGCUGCCGAAUUUGAAUCAGAACUUAAAAAUACAAGUGAUAACAAUCUAGAUAAUAAAAAUGAUGAAGGUUAUUGGGGCGCAAAAAAUAGAAGUAAUAGAUCUGAUAGCACUAAAAGAAACUAUAUUAAUAAUUAUAGUCAAGGUGAUAACAAUAGAAGAAGUAAUUCUGAUACCACCAAAAGAAACAAUGGUAAUAAUUAUCGACAAGAUGAUCACAAUAGAAGAAGUAAUUCUGAUAGAACCAAUAGUAAUAAUUAUCAUCAAGAUGAUCACAAUAGAAUAAAUAAUUCUGACAGCACCAAAAGAAACUAUAAUAACAACUAUAGUCAAGAUGAUAACAAUAGAAGAGGUAGUUCUGAUAGAAACUAUAAUAAUAACUACAGUCAAGGUGAUAACAAUAGAAGAUGUAGUUCUGACAGUACCAAAAGAAACUAUAAUUAUAACUAUGGUCAAGAUGUCAGAAGGAAGAGUAGCCAAGAAAAUUUUUGUGGCAAUUGUAAACAAGUAGGUCAUUCAUCUUUUGAAUGUCCAGAAAACGAAAAAAAAGCAAAAAUGGCUUGGAAUAAAUUGUUAGCUGCAGACGCGAAAAAAGAUCUUGAAGAAGUCAAUGAAGCUUUUGAAAUAUAUACCAAGGCAGCACCCCACGAGACUUUUCAAUCUAUUGAAAUGAAAUUAAAAAACGUAAAGAGUAAUUGUAGAAUGAUAGCAAUUGAAAGAGAAGGAAUUCCUUUAACCAAAUGUAUAGCCGAUCUUCAGGGAAACAAAGGAAAGAAAUAUGUUGCAUCUUUGAUAAUGAUCCCGCCACAUACCCUUCCGCGAUCUGCUGGUAUUAGAGCACAGAGUGAACAAGAAAAUUUCGAUUGGUUGGCAGAUGCUGGACAAUUAGUUGAUGAUUUUUCUGCUCCAAUUUGUUUUAAUUGUAGGCAACGAGGUCAUCUCACUCGUGAAUGCACUCAACCAAAGCCUAUAUUAAAUAAUAGGUGUAAAAAUUGUGGGUCAAUUGAACACAGCACUAGGUUCUGCAAAAAUGAAAAUCGUAGUGAUGAUAAUCAACCUAAUAAUGAUAUACAUGAACGUAAUUUUGAUAAUGAAAAUAAUCACAAUAAUAAUAGAUCAUCACAUAUAAAAUGUUUCAAAUACGGAUCCACCGAUCAUAAUACUCGUAGCUGUGCUCGUACUCGCGAAGGAAAAGAUUCACAACGGCAACAACAACUAGAUUUCGUAGAAGGAGACCAUUACGGAUAUGGUCAUAAUAACAAUGAAUAUAACAAUACUUUUGGUAGAUUCUUUGGAAUAAAAUGUUAUACAUGUGGAUCCCAUGAUCAUCAUACUCGUUAUUGUACUCGUCGUAGCGGAGUAGACUUACAAGAGCCACAAAAACCAAAUGGAGGACACAAUAACAAUGAAGACAUUACUUUUGGUAGAUUGUUUGAUUCAGAUGAUCCUAACGAUAAUAACAACAAUAAUAGCCUAUUCAAUAAAGAAUGUUUCAAAUGUGGAUCUUCUAGGCAUAUUGCUCAGUAUUGUACUCACAAUUCAGAAGAUUCGCAACAACAACAAACACCGACAUUUGUAGGAGGAGGAAGAGACCGUCACAGAGAUAGUCGUGAUGGAGAAAAUAAUAGCUUUGAACAUCUUUCUCGAUAUUGCACUGACUCACCACCACAUAAACAACAAAUACCAAGAGAUCGGUAUAGAGAUAAUAAUAAUCGAUUUGAAGGUCAUGGAACAAAAAGAUGUUUUAAAUGUGGAUCUUCUGAACAUCUUGCUAAUUAUUUUUAUCUUAAUUAUGAUGUACGCACUCUCUAG